AAGACAGUAGUUGUCUUGCACUCCUACCCUGUAUGUAGAUCUACUCAUCGCGUAGGACGUAGUCUACUUUUUUGUUGUUCCUUCCUACCGCGUACCGGUGAAAUCUAAAGCUGAGUUUCGGUGAGCUAACCAGGCAGAACAUCGCCUGUCGCAUUCUUUGACUUGACGCUAAAUCGAGCCCGGGAGAUCGAUCUUUGUAUCUUCUGCGACGAUCUGGUGAACAAAAAAACUGCUCGCUGCGCUGAACAGUAACUGUUGUUUAUCGUUGGCGUGUUGCUAGUGCUGCGCUUUCACGGGGGCGGCGAUUUGUCAUGCUGGCCUUGUCCGUGUGCUAUUCGUCCUUCGGUAAUGGACCAAGUAAGUGCCGAUGGCGAUGGGUCGUCGUCUGUGCCUGCAGCUCCCGUUGUCGGAGGCGGCACGACCAGCCAGCACUACGCUGAAAUGAAACGAAAAGGUUCUGCUGAUCAACAUAGCAUCAGGCUUGUUGGUCAGACGGUGAUCGAUGGUGUCGAUUCGCAGCAUGAGUUCGUGUCAUGUUCCUCGGAAGACGAGCGAGAAUCGGUGGCUGCGAUGAUAUCCAAGAGCGUAAAAUUGAACGGCGCUGGCUCGCCUCGGAGCGCGGGCUCUGGAGAAUCAAUGGAAUUGCUCAGCAAUACUGCUGCUUUGCUGACUGCCAACGGCGCUAGUACCAGUACUAGUGAGGCUAGUGAUACGCUGGCUUCAAUGGAUACUUUUGAACUGGCCCAGCUGUACUUGCGCCGUACGCGGAGAGGAACUCACAGUGACUCCGAUGCUGAGAAACUACGCAGUGUUAUCAAUAGUGGCAUUGGUGGCAGUGAUGGUUUUCAUAGUGGUGAUGCUGGUGCUGGAAAUAGUGAUGGUGUUCACGAUCUUGGUGAGCUGUCUUUGUUGCGUACUCUCGGCGAUGGAGCCGAGUCCAGUCAUGACCCAUUGUCACAGUCGGCACCAGCGUCCGGGCUGGAUCUAGAUGACAUACGCGAUCAGCUACGGCAGCGUGAUCAAACGCUGGAGCUGGCGGCGCGUGUCGGCCAGGAGCUGCUGGAACGCAAUGCGGCGCUGGAGUCAGACUUACGUGUGCAGUCGACUAGUCGCGAUCAACUACAGAAGGAGACGACACAGCUACAGCAUGAGAUCACCGUCAAAGAAAAGCUCCUCAAGAUGUAUUAUGAGGAGAUGGAAGAUGAGGAUGAGCGGGCGAAAGCGUUGCAGCAGCGACGGACAUCCCGGCAGUCAAGCCAUUCGUCGGUGCGCAGCUUCUGUAUGAGUCCGGCAAGGAGCAUGUCGUCAAUGAGCAACAUAUCGGAGGAGGCGUCACAGCUGUUGGUCGCCGAGUGUGAGGAGCUACGUUCGGCAAACAAGCUGCUGGCGGAGGAAGCAUCGCUACUGCACCAACAGGCUGCGUUGCUAGAUCAACGCGAGCAAGAGCUCAUUACGGAAUGUGUUCGCCGACUGAAUGAAGCCACACAAGGCCUUGGCGAAAUGCAGGAGGCGUAUCGGCAUCGCGAGGAAGUUGCCGAGCAGCACACGGAGGAGAUUGCAGCCCUGCGCGAAAUGAACAAUCGUAUACGUGACGCUUACACGGACCUGAGCAGUGAGAAAGUGUUGCUACAGUCGGAGCUAAAGGAUAUGUCAACACGCCAGUCUACCCUAUCCGGUCAGGUUGUAGAGCUCCAAGAACAGUACGUAGAGUGCCUGACACUGUUCCGUGACGCACAGUCCGAGCUGGCAUUGUAUCGUAAGCAUGGCAAUCUACCCGGCCAUCUGGCCACGCCAACACAAGCAGCUAUACCCAGGCAGCAGUCCAUUGGCUCAGAGCUGAAUGCCGCCAUGCGUAACCAAGCCAACGAGGCUCCUGGCUCGGCCACACCAGCGUUUACUCCACUGGUGACCACGUCAUUGAAGGUACCCUCGGUCUCGCUUUCCGCAGCUCCACUAACACCGACUACGCCAACAAGCUUGAAUAGCAACAGCAGAUCACAAGGGAGAAUUACACCUCAGCGCCUGGACUCGUCACGCGGUGCACCGACUAGUGGUCACGUCUUGCCAACUGCAGCUGACCUCUCCACCCAAGAGGUACUCGAAACGGCACCUUCAUCCGCUCCUCAUACCCCCACUGGCUAUCGGCAAGUAUCGGUGCAGGAUGUAACACCACUUGCAGUCGUCCCGGCAACACCGUCCUUCGCGUCACCCUCCGCUGCCACCAGCUCCUAUUCAUCAUUUACCGGUGGUCCUUUAACGCCACAAGGCAACGGUGCCAGCCCACUGCUUAGCUCACGUUCCCAGCAUGCUAACCAGAUCAUGAGUGCAGUGCGUUCCCUGGACAGUAAGCAGACACUGAGUCGCACAGCUGGUGUGUAUCAGCGCAACCAAGCAACCGGGACGGGGGGACUAGGUGCAGCACUGUCCACACCAACUUCACACGAAUCACCGGGCACUGGCCAUGCUUCAGCUGCUCGCACUGCAAGCACAUCGAGUCGACAGUCUUUGGCUGACCAAUCGCCUGCUGACACGUCGACAUCUUCAUUGGCAGGUGCCAAAAAGAUGAACGAUGGCCAUGAGAGGCGCAUGUACACUGGGCCGGAAAAGCUUCGUAUCGUGAAGCCCAUGGAGGGUUCUCUCACGCUGUUGAAGUGGAAAUUACUGGCUCUGCAGCAAAACACCGGCGCCGAUGUCUUGCAAAAAGCCCUCUCUGUGCCAGGCAUUCAUCAGAAAGGAGAUGAGUCUGUCGGCUCUAAUGCAAGACCCGUAGGCUCUGGAGAGCACACACCCAACACCAGCGAAUCUGUUCCAACGAUACUGCGCCAGCCGGCCAUGCAUUCAAGCAGUGCACCUCUUUCAGCAAUGUCUUCGGACUCUCCCAAACUUCGUAUACACAUGGCGAGAGGAAACACCUCUCCUCAGCCGCCAAGGUCCUCCUCACAUGCUGCAGAGAGCAGCUCUUCAUCAUCCACAAUGCCCGUGUCUUCUGCUGCCCCGGUGCCACACUUUGCCAUUGGAGAUAGCAAGGCUGGUGCUGACCCCAUGCUGGCACCACCGUCUACACCUGUAGAAAGUGGAGCAGCAGCGGCAACCAAUAGCAGUCCUGCUGGCAUGCCAACAAAGGCGGCAACGCCACCAGCCGGCCGCAUUACAAGUCGGUUUUCGCGCUUUUCUGGCAUUGGCUUGGGUGGUGCGCUGAGUGGGCUGGGGACAACUGCUGCAGGGUUUCUGGGAGCAGCAUCACAACCUGUGGCGCCUACACGUUCUCACCACCAAACUAUGAAUGACACAGAGAUAGAUGGAGGCGAGAUUGAGUAGUCCUCUCGUAGCCGUAUGCACACGUCCCUAGUGAUCUGUUAUUUAUUCAAAUUCCAACAUUAUCACUUCUCUCUGGCUUGUGGUGAUACUCCCAGGACGAUAUUGAUUGUUGCUAUGGACCUAUGUCUGAACUAAUUCAUAGCAGUCUGAACUAAUCCUAUAAUAUUCUCUUGCUGUUUGUGGUGUCUAAUCAGUCUCCUGUCCCGCUGUCCAUCUUGUGAAGUCGUAAAGGUCUAUUUAAUAAUACUUCGAAGUAUUAAUCCUAGUGCUUCUACAUUUGUCAAGUCAAGAUUUCUCAAAAAUUCUCUCACUCUUAAUUUCCCUGGCUAACCAAUUAUUUCUCGCUAGUGAGCUCCAUAUUUGUUAUAUCUUUAUUGCGUUUUUACCUGCUCAUCUCGCGUCUUGAGUAGUCACGGAUGCCUUUAAAAACGCCUCUUUCUGCUGGCCAUAUUUUCCCUGUGGUCAUCCGCCGCACAUCGAGAGACUGAAAUAUUUUUGAUUCCUGUUCCACACCAGACCUCUGUCGUCUUGGAGUAAGAAAACA